UUGGGUUUUUCUGCGUGGAAGACCCUGCGAUUUGCAAUGGCCCUGGCCCCAACAACGACGAGCGAGGCGAAGCAGGCUCAAGCGCAGCUCAUGGAGGAGGCCGUGGCCGGCGACCCCGGCGCCAUGGUCUCGCUGCUGCAUGCAUUCAGGAAGGAGCUCGCGACGAGCCAAAAGGCCAUUCGCGACCAGCAGCGCCAGCUUGCCGCGCUGCAAAAGGACCACCAAGAGCGCUUCGAGGCGCUCGAAGACUCGUACCACGACAUGCAAGACCUCUUGGACAUCCAGAUGACGGCGCUCGGGGAGCAGCGCGAUCGUUUGAAAGCGCAGACCACUGUGCUCGACGACCUGCUCGAUGUGCAAGACGACGACGCGUUGCACACCCCACGACGCACGCCCGCCCCAGCACCCAGCAAAUCACCCAAGAAGCGCGUCGUCGCGGCGCCGGUCGUCAAGGCCGUUGCGCCCAAGCGCGCCAAGAUGGACGUUGCGCCGGUAAAGCAGCAAGGCGAGGAGUCGCCCGAGUGUCGCUGGGACCUGGGCCGCUGCGGCGCGCUGGCCUCCAUCUCGGACGAUCUGCGGCUUGUCAAGACGACAGCAAACGGCUGGAACGUUGUUAUGGGCAGCACGAUGGUGGACGUGUUCAGCGUGCAGCUCUUUUACCCCAAGACCAAGGCCCACAACACGAUUGCGUUGGGCUUUACGACCGAGCCCGAUUUCUGGCAACAGCCCACGGCCGAGACGAACGUGUUUAACUUUUGCGACGCGGGCUGGUUCCUCAACGUCCGCAAAGGCACGCGCUGCUCCCGCGACGGCCACGACGACUCGCCUUACGCGACAGGCUUGAAGAGCGGAGACGUGCUCACGGUGGUCUUGGACCGACCACUGCGCACGAUUCGCUUCUUGCGCAACGGCAACGCGCUCGGCAAAUCGCUCGGUGUGGCUUACGCGGACAUUGCCGAGACGGAUUUGUACCCGGCGCUCGUGUCGUACGACCGCGGUGUCGGUGUGCAGCUGGUCUAAGAGCUUGGCCUUGGUCGCUUGUAGCACACUAUUUCAGUAUUUUACCUUUGCGUUUCAUUUGAAUAGUGUGAAUGUGUAGA